UCCUCACAGUCACCAGGUCUUGUCGUUGUCCCAGCUAGAAGUGUGGUUACUGCACGAUCCUGCAAUGCUGAGGUCCUCGUUAAGGUCGAUGACCAGUAACAGAUUGCAAAUAAUUUUUCAUCAUUUGCGUAUGUCAAGCCAGACAGGCUCAGAUGCGGAUGUUCUUCUGGCAAAACAUGGCUGCUCAGGAGUAAUCACUCUAAACAGGCCAAAAGCUCUGAAUGCACUGAAUCUUAAUAUGAGCCGACUCAUCUACCAACAGCUUAAAAUUUGGGAAGAGGACUCCGAAACAUUUCUAGUGAUAAUCAAGGGUGCUGGGGGCAAAGCUUUCUGUGCCGGAGGAGACAUAAUUGCUGUUACAGAGGCUGGAAAGUGUGGAGCCCCACUUGCCAAAGAUUUUUUCAAAGAAGAGUACAUUCUUAACAAUGUUAUUGGUACUUACAAAAAACCAUACGUAGCUCUUAUUGAUGGAAUUACAAUGGGAGGUGGUGUGGGUCUUUCUGUUCAUGGUCAUUUUAGAGUAUCCUCUGAGAAAACUCUCUUUGCAAUGCCAGAGACAGCAAUUGGCCUAUUUCCUGAUGUUGGAGGAGGAUACUUUUUACCACGCCUUCCAGGAAAGAUUGGCUUAUUUAUUGCCCUUACUGGAUUCAGAUUAAAGGGAAGGGACGUGCAAAAGGCUGGAAUUGCUACUCAUUUUGUUGAUUCAAAAAAGAUCCCUUCCUUAGAAAAACAUCUUUUAACAUUGAAAAGUCCAUCCAAAGAAGACAUUAUUGAUGUACUUGAUGCUUAUCAUAAAGAGAGUACUGCCGAUGAUAAUCACCCAUUUAUUCUUUCUGAACAUUUGGACAAGAUUAACAGUCUGUUUUCAGGAAACAGUGUUGAAGAAAUCUUGGAGAACUUAAAACAAGAUGGUUCACCUUUUGCACAUCAACAGCUCAAGACUCUUUCGAAAAUGUCUCCAACUUCUUUGAAACUAACAUUUAGACAACUGAAAUAUGGAUCUUCCUUAACUCUGCAAGAAGUUCUAACUAUGGAAUAUAGACUAAGCCAGGCAAGCAUGAAAGGACAUGAUUUUUAUGAAGGUGUAAGAGCAGUGCUAAUUGACAAAGAUCAGAAUCCAAAAUGGAAGCCGGAACGGUUAGAAGAAGUGACUGAUGAAUACGUGGACAGCUGUUUUGCAUCCCUUGGGAGCAGUGACUUAAUAUUGUAAUCUUAAUAAGGCAAUAAACCUUUUUUAAAUC